AUCACACUCACUCCCCUCCUACCUAAGCCUUCCACUCCUCACAUCAUGUACUACACCGACUUCGAAGGCUCUGUCUUCCCAGGGUGCUACUGGGGCAGCUAUGGCUACCCUCUGGGGUACAGUGUUGGCUGUGGCUAUGGUAGCACCUACUCUCCAGUGGGCUAUGGCCUUGGCUAUGGCUACAAUGGCUGUGGGGCUUACAGAAGAUACUGGCCAUACGCUCUCUACUGAUGUGCUGUGAUCUCCCUGGCAUAGACUCAUCUCUUCGUGAAGGCUGAGUGGCACCUCCAGGUUCCAGCUUUACCUUCUUCUUUCAUCCUCGCUUGCUCAUCAACCUCUUCCCAGAAAGCUGUUUUUCAGAUCUUACAACUGAGUCUCAAGCAAAGGAACUGAAAAUCUAGAUGAUGCCUCAAGCUGCCUUCUCUGGAUCCUGUUUCUUGGGACUUUUUCAGAAGCUUGGCAAUCAUCGUGACAUGCUUUGCUUUUGAAUUUUUCAAGACUCUCAUGAUUCCUUGUCAUGGUGAACUUGUGGAAGUGUCUGUCAAAUUCUCAAUAAAUUUGUCUCAGCUUGCA